AUGAAAACUGACCUAGAGCUCGCCUUGGAGUGCGCCAUCAACAUCUACCACCAGUACGCCAUUAAGUACCCCAUAGAUGACUACCUGAGCAAGCCUGAGUUCUCGGAGCUGCUGAAGGAGAACGCUAAGCCCUUCCUCCACAGCACCAUUCCGCCUAACACGACCGUCGAUGACUACAUAAGCAAGCUCUUCACCAGAGCAGACGGCAACCACAACGGUCGCCUGAAGUUCACCGAGUUCCUGACCACGCUGAAUCUUGUAGUCAUUGAUGCCCACAAUAGGUCCCACCCGCAUCCUAGGAGCCAUGACCGGCAUCCAGAUGCUGGUCAAGAACAUGACCAUGGCCACGGCCACGACCACGGCCACGACCAUGGUCCUGCAAAGUGA